AAUUAAACCAUUGAAUACUUUGCAUUUGCAUUUGCAUUUUACCUCUGAAACUAAAAAGAUUAGUUUUUUAAGGCGUGACGGGUUAGUUUGCAAAUGGGUUUUGUGUAGGAUUCACGUUUCAGUAAACCAAUUUGUGUCACUAACGUUCUGCGUACCACGUCUGAUUAUGCUCUUCUUCUCUCUCUCUUCUCAUUCAUGAGCUUUCUUUUAUAUGCUGUCUGGUGGGCGAGCAUAUAUUCUUAUUUGAUGUUGAUGUGCAGGUGGUCUGUUUAUUACUUAUGCAGAGUCUUUUAGAGUUUACUUGCACAAAGAUCUGAGGGAUUUUUUUUUUUUUUUUUGGGUUGUGGGGUGGUGGAUUCUUAGGAAUUGGAUUCGAUUUCUGUGGUUAUUUUUGCUAUUUAUGUGUCAAUUCCAAGUUAAACUUUGGUUCAGUUACAGCCCUUGCUUGCAGCUGUAAUCAAGUUCAAGUUCUGGUUUUGGGCUCAAGUUACCUUCUUUGAUAUUAGAUUUUCAGGGAGUGCUAAGAGCAAUCAUGAAUGCGUUAGUAGCAACCAACAGAAACUUUAAGCUGGCUGCAAGGCUGCUGGGGUUAGACUCUAAGCUUGAGAGAAGUUUGCUCAUUCCUUUCAGAGAGAUCAAAGUUGAGUGUACCAUACCCAAAGACGAUGGCACAUUGGCUUCUUUUGUUGGGUUCAGGAUUCAACAUGACAACGCUAGAGGACCCAUGAAGGGAGGAAUAAGAUAUCAUCCAGAGGUUGACCCAGAUGAGGUGAAUGCUUUAGCACAACUCAUGACAUGGAAGACAGCAGUAGCAAAUAUCCCAUAUGGUGGUGCGAAAGGUGGGAUAGGAUGUAGUCCUGGCGACUUGAGUGUAUCUGAGUUAGAACGACUCACCAGGGUUUUCACCCAAAAGAUUCAUGAUCUCAUUGGAAUUCACGCAGAUGUUCCAGCUCCUGAUAUGGGAACAGGUCCUCAGACUAUGGCGUGGAUACUGGAUGAAUAUUCUAAAUUUCAUGGCUAUUCUCCUGCAGUUGUGACUGGAAAACCUAUUGAUCUUGGUGGAUCUCUAGGCAGAGAUGCAGCAACAGGACGAGGAGUGCUCUUCGCUACAGAGGCACUGCUUAAUGAGCAUGGGAAGACCAUUUCUGGACAACGAUUUGCUAUACAGGGUUUUGGAAAUGUGGGUUCCUGGGCUGCUCAGCUAAUCACUGAAAAAGGUGGAAAGAUUGUUGCGGUAAGUGAUGUCACUGGAGCCAUCAAGAACACCAAUGGUAUCGACAUUCCAAGCCUACUCAAGCAUGCCAAGGAACACCGUGGUGUCAAAGGAUUCCAUGGCGGAGAUCCGAUAGAUCCUAACUCAAUAUUGGUUGAGGAUUGUGACAUUCUCAUCCCAGCAGCCCUUGGUGGUGUUAUUAAUAGGGAAAAUGCAAAUGACAUUAAAGCCAAAUUUAUUGUUGAAGCUGCUAACCAUCCAACUGAUCCAGAGGCUGAUGAGAUCUUAUCAAAGAAAGGUGUAGUUAUACUUCCAGACAUAUAUGCAAACUCUGGAGGAGUUACAGUUAGUUACUUCGAGUGGGUGCAGAACAUCCAAGGCUUCAUGUGGGAGGAGGAGAAAGUAAACCAUGAGCUAAAGACUUACAUGACAAAAGGGUUCAAAGAUGUGAAGGAGAUGUGCCAAACCCACAAUUGUGAUCUACGUAUGGGAGCCUUCACCCUUGGAGUUAACCGUGUUGCGCGAGCCACUGUUCUUAGGGGUUGGGAAGCUUGAGAAAGAAAGAAAAAAAGUUAGUUUGAAUAAAGAUUUGAGGCUUUGAAUAAGAGGUUUUAUUCUUGGUUCUCUUGACCAAGGUUUUGCUAUCAUGUCUUCCCUAGAGUCGAUUACAUCGCGAGUUUUACUAGUUCUGUAAUUUUAUGGUUUGUCCAGCCUGAUGGAAACAAUAUUCAAUCAAAGAUGGAAUGAAAGUUCUUAAUGGUUUGUAUGCA